GAGGCUCCUGCUGCGCUCUUCGUCAGCCCGGCUGGUCCUCUCGUCCCGGCCCGGUCUGGUACCACGGCCGCCGGCUGUCACCAGUGGCUCUACAAUGAGUGUUCCUGAUUACAUGCAGUGUGCUGAGGACCAUCAAACUCUGCUGGUUGUGGUACAGCCAGUAGGGAUUGUCUCAGAGGAAAAUUUCUUCAGAAUCUACAAAAGAAUUUCAUCUGUGAGCCAGAUAAAUGUGCGAGAUUCGCAACGAGUGUUGUACAUCCGCUAUAGGCAUCAUUAUCCACCUGAGAACAAUGAAUGGGGAGAUUUCCAAACCCACCGAAAAGUUGUGGGCCUCAUCACAGUAACAGACUGCUUCUCUGCUAAGGAUUGGCCACAGACCUUUGAGAAGUUCCAUGUCCAGAAGGAAAUUUAUGGUUCUACACUCUACGAUUCUCGGUUGUUUGUCUUUGGGCUGCAGGGUGAGAUUGCAGAGCAGCCUCGAACAGAUGUGGCAUUUUACCCCAAUUAUGAUGAGUGUGAAUCAGUGGAGAAGAGAAUUGAGGAUUUCAUCGAAUCCCUUUUUAUUGUGCUGGAAUCUAAGCGCCUGGAUAGAGCCACUGACAAGUCUGGAGAUAAGAUUCCUCUCCUGUGUGUACCAUUUGAAAAGAAGGACUUUGUAGGAUUAGACACAGAUAGCAGACACUAUAAGAAGAGGUGUCAGGGGCGGAUGCGGAAACAUGUGGGUGACUUAUGCCUUCAGGCAGGAAUGCUACAAGAUUCCUUGGUUCAUUACCAUAUGUCUGUGGAGCUUCUACGGUCUGUGAAUGACUUUUUAUGGCUUGGAGCUGCCCUUGAAGGCUUGUGCUCUGCAUCUGUUAUCUACCACUAUCCUGGUGGCACAGGGGGCAAAGCUGGAGCUCGACGGCCACAAGGUAGCUCCCUUCCUGCUGAUACAGGCAACCGGCACCGACCAGGGGCACAAGAAGUUCUCAUUGAUCCAGGUGCUCUUACUACUAAUGGCAUAAAUGCAGAUACCAGUACAGAAAUAGGACGAGCCAAGAACUGUCUAAGCCCUGAAGACAUCAUUGAUAAAUAUAAAGAAGCCAUUUCUUAUUAUAGCAAGUAUAAGAAUGCUGGUGUAAUUGAGUUGGAAGCUUGUGUCAAAGCAGUGAGAGUCCUUGCAAUUCAGAAGAGGAGCAUGGAAGCAUCAGAAUUUCUCCAGAAUGCUGUUUAUAUCAACCUUCGCCAGCUUUCAGAAGAAGAGAAAAUUCAGCGUUACAGCAUUCUUUCUGAGCUCUAUGAGCUAAUUGGUUUCCAUCGAAAAUCUGCUUUCUUCAAGCGAGUUGCUGCGAUGCAAUGUGUGGCCCCUAGUAUUGCUGAGCCUGGAUGGAGGGCUUGUUACAAACUGCUUUUGGAGACUCUUCCUGGCUAUAGUUUGUCAUUGGAUCCUAAGGACUUCAACAAAGGAACUCACAGAGGAUGGGCAGCAGUGCAGAUGCGUUUGCUUCAUGAAUUAGUGUAUGCCUCCAGAAGAAUGGGGAAUCCUGCACUCUCAGUGAGACAUUUGUCGUUCCUUUUACAGACCAUGUUGGAUUUUUUGUCUGAUCAGGAAAAAAAGGAUGUGACACAGAGUUUAGAAAGCUACACUUCAAAAUGCCCAGGAACAAUGGAACUUCUCUCUCUCCCAGAUGGACUGAACUUACCUCCUGUCCCAUUUACGAAACUUCCCAUUGUGAGGCGUGUGAAACUCUUGAACCUCCCAGCCAGUCUUCGGCCCCAGAAAAUGAAAAGCUUACUGGGUCAAAACAUGUCAGCUAAGAGCCCCUUCAUUUACUCUCCGAUUAUUGCACAUAACCGUGGAGAAGAACGUAGCAAGAAAAUAGAUUUCCAGUGGGUUCAAGGAGAUGUUUGUGAAGUCCAGCUUAUGGUAUAUAAUCCAAUGCCAUUUGAACUUCGUGUAGAAAAUAUGGGUCUCCUCACAAGUGGAGUAGAAUUUGAAUCUCUCCCUGCGGCUCUUUCUCUCCCUGCUGAAUCUGGACUUUAUCCAGUGACACUGGUUGGUGUUCCUCGGAGUACAGGGCAGAUUUCUAUUAAUGGUUAUCAUACUACUGUUUUUGGAGUGUUUAGUGAUUGUUUGCUGGACAGCCUACCAGGAAUAAAGACCAAUGGCUCCACAGUAGAAGUUAUUCCUGCUUUGCCAAGAUUGCAGAUAAGCACUUCAUUACCCAGGUCAGCCCGUACUUUGCAGCCUUCCUCUGGGGAUGAAAUCUCCACUAAUGUGUCUGUCCAGCUUUAUAAUGGAGAGACCCAGCAACUUGACAUAAAAUUGGAAAACAUUGGAACUGAACCUUUGGAGAAACUAGAAGUCACUUCAAAAAUUCUCACCACCAAAGAAAAACUGUAUGGUGACUUUUUGAGUUGGAAACUGGAAGAAACCCUUGCUCAGUUUCCCUUACAACCAGGAAAGACAGCAACAUUCACUGUAAAUAUCAAAGUAAAAUUGGAUUUUUCCUGUCAGGAAAAUCUCUUGCAAGAUCUCAAUGAUGAUGGAAUCAGCGUUAGUGGUCUUCCUCUUUCCAGUCCUUUUCGACAGGUUGUCAAGCCUCGAGUUGACAGCAAAUCAGUGAAUCCCUCAGAAAGCAGCAAAGCUGGUGAUUUCAGCCAUGUAAAAACACUAGAAGCCAUUCUGAAUUUUAAAUAUUCAGGAGGCCCAGGCCAUAUUGAUGGAUAUUACAGGAACCUGUCCUUGGGAAUUCAUGUAGAAGCUGAGCCAUCCGUGUUUUUCACUCGAGUCAGUACACUGCCUGCAACAAGUACCCGUCAGUGCCAUCUGCUUCUGGAUGUAUUCAAUUCCACAGAGCAUGAGCUAACUAUCAGUGCUAAGAACAAUGAAGAGCUUAUUCUACAUGCUGGGGAAUGCCAAAGAAUGGCGAUUCAAGUAGACAAGUUCAAUUUUGAAAGUUUCCCAGAGUCUCCUGCAGAAAGGACUCAGUUUACAAACCCCAAACAGCUUGAAGAGGAGAGGCAGGAAGCUCGGGGUCUGGAGAUCAACAGCAAGUUGGACAUCCACUGGAAUAUCCCAUCUUUGAAACGACAUGGGGAAGCAAGUGUUGAGGGGAUCCUCAAUCAGCUGGUUCUGGAACAUCUCCAGUUGGCUCCUUUGCAGUGGGAUGUGCUGGUGGAUGGUCAGCUGUGUGACUGUGAUAUUGUAGCAGACUGCCGAGUUGGUGACCCCAUCCCACUUGAAGUGCGGCUAACCAAUUGGAGCAAGCGAAAUGUGGGACCUUUUGCUCUCACAGUAAUCCCCUAUCAAGACUACCAGAAUGGUGUGCACAACUAUGAGCUUCAGGAUGCCAUCACCUUUGUGGGAUCCAACACCUUUUAUAUUGACUCGGUUCGACCAACAGAGAACUCUGUGUGUCUGGGUGCCCUCCUCUUCCUCUACACUGGUGACUUCUAUCUAAAUAUCAAGUUCCACGAAGAUACCACCAGUAAGGAGCUGCCGCUCUCCUGGUUCUGCCUGCCCAGUGUCCACAUCCGAGCCCAAGGACCUGACCUCCAGGCAUGAAGGCCAAAGUCAUAUGGCCUCAGGUGGACAGGAAACUACCUAGCCUACAUGACAUUUGAACCCCACAUUGACAUUUGAACCCCCAUUUCUUCCCAAAGCUAAACACCUAACAUCCUUAGAAAAGCAGUAAGAGAAUUAUUGAGGCAGCUGUAGCAGCAGAGCAGAAUAGAGUAGAGGUUCUGAAGUGUAUAUAUAUAUGCAUGGGUCCUCUCUCCCCAACACAUUCUCUGAAAGAGGGAGGAAUAGAAGGUGGAUUGCUCUCUCUCAACUUUAUUCUGUCCUUGUGCCCUUAUCCCUGGCUUUCUCAAUCUUUACCUGAAAAUGAAUAGUCAGAUUAUAUCUAAUUCACCCUUUCUUCAUUUUUUCUAUAAAUGUCCUUAGCCACUAAAUUAUGUUGGCAAGAAGGGAAUGUUUUUCUAGCACAUAGCAUGAGGAGUUGUGUUUAUGAGCUUUGCCCUGCACUUGUGUGGUCAGCAACAUAUCACACCACACCCCUGAGGCAGGAAAACUAAGUCUCAGCCUUUCAAAUCCAGAGCUGUCUCCUAGAGCUUUUUAAAUGGAAGCUGGGAUCACUUAGAGCCUACAAUGGGCCAGUCAUUAAUCAACACAAAAACAACUUUAGCCAUAGAGGGCCGUGGUAUUUCCACACGUCCUUGACCCCAAUUGUAGUUUAGUUUUAGUCAAAAAUUGCUAUCUGACAAACAGCCUUUUGGGCUACAAAGCCCUAGAGAAAAUUCAGAAUAAGGAUGGGAGUGGACAUGAAAUCAUUUCUAAAGACAACUCCCCUAGGGGUUACACCUACAGGAAGAAUAGCUUCUUUGGAGAGAAUAGAAUCAAGCUAAACACUCCUCAUUUUUCCCUAGAAAGUUCAGAGCUUCCCUGGAUAAUUUCAGAUUUCUUCCUGAUUGACAGCUAACCAGUCAUUUUGGGAGUUCCUGUGCUAUUUAAUGGGGACAGAGGAGUUUCCUUAAUAUCCUCAAUAGUAAUAGUUUCCCCUGCACCACAAAGACCUGUCUCUGACCCUUUCUUCCCUGGGUAAAAGCUAGGAAAUUAUGCUUCCAGUUUGAGUGCCCAGGUGAGGCAAGAUCAUUUGGGAUGUGGUAGGGAUCCUAUUGCCCUUAUGAGAUUUACUAUUAUUACUAUACUUUGUAUAUUUGUGUGAGGAAAAGAAAAGACCACUUUAUUUGAACCAAAUUGCCUAGCUCCUAACUCUUUUGAACCAUCUGAACAUAACAUAGUUUUGGAAACUAUAUAUUUACCUGCUUCCUGCUGAAUUACUUCUAGUGAAUCUAACUUUUGCUACCAAUGUCCUUACAAUAUUCAUUCUCUCCAGAUGUUUAUAUUAUCCAUAAAAAUAUAAAGUAGUCUUGGAGGGGCAAUGUGAGAAGGUUUGAUUUACUGUAGUCAGAUUUUUCUUUAAUUGAAUAAUUUAAUCUUCCCAAUAGAAAGAAAAACACAUCGGUUUACUACAUGGAAUAGUGAAGAUGUUGGAUUUACUAUAGCAGGAUUCUCAAGGUCCCCAGUUUAAAGAAACAAAAACUCCUUCUGAAGUAUUAUCAGGAGAAAAAGGCAAGGACCUCCUGAUACUAGAAAGGGCUCAUUCUCUGGGAAUUCUAAACAAAACCAGGACCUCAUCCCACCUCCCUCUGCAGUCAAGCCUCAGAGCUAAGAAAGGAUAAGAAUGAUCUGUCUCAUUGUUGGUAGUGUUGUAUCCCAGUCCCUUGGGCCCUGUGCUGUUCACCUCUCACAGACUCACCCAGCCAUAUUCCUGUCCUGGUAGUUAGCAAACUUUAAAAUAAGACCUUGUAAUAAACUUGAAGAAUCCCAAGGCAGGCUUGUUCCCCUGAUCAUUCUUGGGGCCCAUCUCACAAAGUGCUCCCUCUAUCAGAAGCAGAAGCUGGCAGUUAGCAUAGGGGAAGUAGGAGUUUUGCCUCUAGCUUCUGGUCUUAUCAACCAUCCAUUUUCCCCAAGCAAAGCACUGCUAUGAGUCUGAAUUAUCUUAAGUCACUGCCAUAAUCCCCUGGUCUCUCUAUAACAGGUGAGAGCAUCACCAUCUGCUGAUGCUAUCUACUAAACUUCUGGCUACUCUGCCCUGCCCUGCCCAGAGAUGUGGCUUUGUCCACCUUCAGAGGCAGAGAUGAUUUUAGGGUGGUUCUUGAAGGAGAACCAGGGCCCAUGCAUGCAGUGUGUCACAGAGCCCAUGAGGACGCAGCAGGGAGGUUAAGCUAAAGGUUACCAUUAUCCUGGGCUCUUGGCCUUCUCUCAAAACAAAAGGUAAUUGUCCUGCUUGCUGUAAUACUCAGAACAUCUGCUCUCGAUAAAUGCGGGUCCCAUCUAAGUUCUAUUGUCCAAAUAAAAAUCUUGCCUUGCUAAAA